GGCAGCCCUCGCGCGGCGCGGCCUUGCGCGGUGCGUGCGGCGCGGGCGCCUCGGCGGCUCCAGAAGUUUCCUGGGGGCGACGGGCGGCAUGGAGGGGGAGGCGGCAGCGGCAGCAGCAUCGGCAUCGGCAGCGGCCCCGCCACGGUUCUCGGACGCGGACGUCGACCGGGACCCGGGGGCGGCGGCGCAGGAACUGACAACAGCUUUGGAAAAGAAUCCAGAUGAUGCCGAAUGUUAUUGUCAACGAGCUUAUGCUCAUAUUCUUCUACAGAAAUAUGCUGAUGCGGUUGCAGAUGCAAAAAAGUCUCUAGAACUCAACCCAAAUAAUGCUAUAGCGCUCCUUAGAAAAGGGUUAGGUGAAUAUCAUAUCAAAAACUAUGCAUCUGCUUUAGAGUCUUUCAGAGAGGGACAGAAGCUGGACAAUGUAGAUGAUACCUUUACUGUUUGGAUUAAAAGAUGUGAAGAAACACUGAAUGCAUCACAGACUGAUUUGAAUAUGCAGCAGCCUCUGCCACCAAAGAUCAAAUAUGACUGGUACCAAACAGAAUCUCAAGUAAUUGUGACCAUAAUGAUCAAGAAUGCACAGAAGGAUGAUGUCAGUGUGCAGUUUUUGGAGAGAAAGAUGAAUGCAUCAGUGAGACUUCCAUCAGGUGAAGACUUCAACUUAAAACUUGACCUUCUUCAUUCUAUAGUGCCAGAGCAAAGUACGUUUAAAGUGCUUUCAACAAAGGUUGAGAUAAAAAUGAAGAAGCCAGAGGCUGUAAGAUGGGAGAAGCUGGAGGGCCAGGGAGAUUCUCCUAAGUUAAAACAAUUUACACCAGAUACCCAGCACUUAUACCCAUCAUCGUCUCACUAUACAAGGAACUGGGACAAACUGGUAGUUGAAAUCAAAGAAGAGGAAAAAAAUGAGAAGUUAGAAGGAGAUGCUGCUUUAAAUAAACUAUUCCAGCAAAUCUAUUCAGAUGGUACAGAUGAAGUAAAACGUGCCAUGAACAAAUCAUUCAUGGAGUCUGGUGGCACAGUUCUGAGCACCAACUGGUCUGAUGUUGGUAAAAGGAAGGUAGAAGUAAAUCCUCCUGAUGACGUGGAAUGGAAAAAAUUCUAAUCCUAUUUCUGAUCUUUACCAUCUAUGUGUUGCCAUAGUCAUGUACUGACCACGAUGUAUGGACAUAGCAUUCUUGGAUUCAAAGCACUGAAUGUUCCCUUGAAAACAGGAAUUGUCUGUACAUUUUGCGUGCUUUAGAAAUUCCUUCAUCUGCAGAUCUUAAAGAUAUACUCAAGAGUGGAACCCUAUUUUUAUCAUCUGUCUUAAUUUCUGGGAAUUGAGUCCAUCAGUCCAAAUUUUCUACCACCUUUAUCAGCUCUCCUCUUUGGGAUAGGGUGAUCUCUAAUGGCUGGUCAGGAUUAUUGCCUUACACCUGGUAUUUCUGUUCAAUAACUUAUUAGAUCUUGGCAAUUUUGGGUAAAAACACUUUUCACAACAGUGUUAAAAUUGUUUGCUCCUUAACUCUGCUAAAUAAAACUGUAAAUACAA